GGACGCUAGGGAAGCAACAAGCUUGAUUGAAUCACAUAGCCUAUGCUACAAUAACGAGACGGCUAUUUGUCCAUUUAUCCUUAGAAGCAAGCCGUGCAUUUGAGCUGUGGAGGGGAGAUGUCGGCCAUGUACAAAGACGACCAGGAUGACUGGAUGACCGUCUGCCUCAAAUACCUCCUCUUCGUCUUUAACGUCCUCUUCUGGGUUGGUGGAGCGGCGGUGAUGGGCGUGGGCAUCUGGACCCUGAUAGACAAGAGUGACUACCUGAGCCUGCUGGCCUCCAGCACCUUCGCCGUGUCCGCCUACAUCCUCAUCCUGGCCGGGGCCCUGGUCAUGGUCACGGGCUUCCUGGGCUGCUGCACCGUCAUCAGGGAGCAGAGGAGCUGCCUGUCCACGUAUUUCUGCUGUCUGUUAUUGAUCUUUCUCAUAGAGCUGGUGGCAGGAGUCCUGGCCUACGUGUAUUACCAGAGGCUCAGUGAGGAGCUGAAGCAGCACCUGAAUGAGACCAUGACAGAGAACUACGCCCAGCCAGGGAAAGAGGCCAUCACCCUGGCCGUGGACAGACUACAGCAGGACUUCAAGUGCUGUGGCAGCAACAACUCGUUUGAUUGGCUGCAUAGUGUGUACAUGAGCUCGGCUGUGUCGGAGGGCAGGGUGGUCCCGGACAGCUGCUGUAAGACCAUCACCUCCCUCUGUGGCCGCAGAGACCACCCCUCCAACAUCUACAAGACUGAGGGUGGCUGCAUCACCAAGCUGGAGCAGUUCCUGGCUGACCACCUGCUGAUCAUUGGAGCUGUGGGGAUAGGAGUGGCCUGUCUACAGAUCUGUGGGAUGGUGUUCACAUGCUGCUUACACAGAAGGAUUAAGUUGGAUCCUUACUGAACCCUACCGUCAAACACCCCCAACACCAUCCUGCCUCAUGGGCCAGGGAGCAACGAUGCCUGCUGAACACUCAACCUUGACCUCUAACCCCUCCUAACCUCUGAACCUUACGAUCCAACCCUGCCUGGACCCUCCUGGAUCCUUCUGCACCCCUCCCUUAGCUUGGAUGCAUGCACAGCCCCCCCCCCGCUCUCAAAGACAAGGCCAAUGAAGAAGAGGUGAUUUGGUAUUAUGGUAUUGUUAUUUUCUGUAGUAAGCCUACUGCUGUUUAUGUAAGGUAGUUCUUACUGUAUGUUGUCAAUACAGUCAAAUCCUUACGGUAGAUUUCACAACAUUCCACACAACUGGAAGGCAAACCGAAGUGGUUGUGACUGAGAAUCAAGUGUACUGUACACACUCUCAUGGUGUUGCUGCUUACGAAGGGUUAUUCAAUUAGUGCUAUAUCCAGUGUGUCACGGAUGUGGACCACAAUGUGCCUCUGUCAUCGUUUUUAUCACGCAUUCUUUGAUAGCAAUGUUACACCAAUUUAAUGGUUCACCACAAAGGGAAUCGCAUGGUCAUCGAUGUUUGAUCUACGUCAUAAAGAAAACAAUCAUGAGUUGAUUGAUAUCCACAGAAUAAUCAAGCAGAUAUGGGGAAAACCUAAACUUGAAAUGAAUGAAAAUAGCACUAAACGCUGCUAAGAGUAACGUUGCAACAUUUCUGUAUGUGUUGCCUCCGUAGUUUGACUAACACAUCUGGUUCUGUGUUGUAUGCUAUGCUAAAGGUGUUGAUAUCGGCGAAGUCGCCUCUCUCGCAGUACCAUAUAAACCUACCACUCAUCUUUCAAUCCCAGGACCAAUUGACUUGUUUUACGACCACUUUUAUUAUGCUGGAGAAACAUGUUGUCAUUUACCACUGAUACAGGGUCAGAUCUUUCUCUGUCACACUACUGGUUAAGAUUAGGAUUCAGGGGUUAUGGUUGACGGUCUAGUUGAACGGGAGAGGUUUGAACUGUCAUGAGUCUGUCCUCUCCUCUGGUGUGGGUUAGUAUCCCCAUCCAGUGGUAGAUAUUGGUAUAUACUCCUGUGCAGCGCUCCUGUAGUAUUCUGUGUAAGGUUGCACAAUUUGGAGAACUUUCAAUAAAUUCCCUGGUUUUACAGAAAUCCUGUUUGGGGGAUUCCGGAUUUCCUGCUUAUUCCCUCCUGAUUCCAGGAUUCCUGCUUAUUCCCUCCUGAUUCCAGGAUUCCUGCUUAUUCCCUCCUGAUUCCAGGAU